UUCGUGGUUACAAUACUGGAAAUUAAGAGCCCAUAUGCAUGGUUCUCUUAGUGACUAAACUCUGUUUGCUCCUUUCAACAGUGUUCCAAAUGACCUUGACACUAUGCCUAGGACCAUACCCCAGCACAAAAGAUAUGACUCCGGAGAUGGUCACAACCACUCUACCCAACAUCUACCAACAUCCCUCCAGAUACAUGCCUUUAACCUGGCAACCUGGUCAAACUCAGUCAUGCCGCCAGCAUCUCCAGACAGGAUGGGUCGCUACAGGGUCCGCGUGGACACUGGAAACUUUGUCUUUGCGGCAUCUGCCAACCAGGUGCAGCUGUGGUUGGUUGGGCAUCACAGUGAAGCAAAACUGGGACUGUGGUUUCACCCAGCUCGGGGACAGGUCAGUGAUGGGGUGAAGAUAUUGGAAGAGAGGUUGGGGAACUGAGUAGUAUAGGUGGCUGGGAAGGAAUUAGAAGAGGUCUUUGGGCUGGGAAUUUUUAGUGUACUGCCAUGAUGAUCCCAGACUGGAGAACAGGGGGCCAAUGAAACUGGAGCACAAGGAACACAUGGGACUCUCCUGUUCCUGGCCAAUGGAUUUGGCCAGGCAGAAACCAUGAAAGGAGGUGAUGAGGUACAAUUUACACAUGGAUCAUUUAUUACAAAAUCAUUGUGGUUUGUUUUGGUAGGUGUAACCCUAGAUACUUUAUAUUAUCUAUAGUUAUUUUUAAUGGAGUUUCCUUUUCUAUCUCUUGCUGUUGGAUUUUGUUGAUAUUAAAUAGAAAUACUGAUGAUUUAUGUGGC